AUGCUGCACAUAGAGCUCUUUUAUCAUCUGCUAAGCGACACGUUACCUGGUCUUGACGUCCAGCUGGGCGAGACCGACCUUGUCGGCCUGGUACCGCACCUCUUGAAGGCACCCUAUAUGGUGAAUGAACUGCUCGCCUUCAGCGCCCUACAUCUGAGUACAAGGCACCCAGAGCGGUGCAAAUACUACCGAACCCUGGCCACUCAGCUUCAGACCCACGCCAUCGCCAAUUUUCAAGAAGGAGGACUCGUGAUCGAUCAAGAAACGUGUGUUCCGGCCGUUAUGUUCUCGUCAAUUGUGGGUCUUCACGCGCUUUGCGAUUCGCUAGUGCACAGAGAGAAAGAUUUCGCCCACUUUGUCGAUAAAUUUGUGCACUGCUUUCGACUUCAUCUGGGUGUCAGAACGGUCUUUACUGAAGCCUGGGCCAUGAUACGCCAGUCGGUCCUCAAACCGCUCUUGGCCGACGUUGAACGCCAGCAUCAUUUCGACGGGCGGCUAGGGCUGGGAUGCGCGAAGCUCUUGAGACUUGUCCAGGCAGCAAAUCUGGGGGACCAUUUGACGAGAAUCUACAAGCAGGCCAUUGAGCAAUUGCAAGUCUCGGCAAAUGUGUUCAUCCCCUCUGCCAUCGCUGGAUCUCAAUUUUUCGGUGCUGGAUGGCCAUUACUGGUUUGCUCGGAAUACAACGACCUCCUGCUGCAGCGAAGGCCUGAAGCGCUGGUGAUUCUUGCCCACUAUGCCAUUAUGCUGCAAUGCUGCAGAGGGUCAUGGAUAGUUGGGGAUGGCGGGCACUAUAUCAUCCAAUCCACCAGGGACUGGCUAGGCUCAGAGUGGGCGGAGUGGCUGGAGUGGGCUGUUACCGACGUGGAAGAUCCCGUCAAGCUACUGCUGCAGGUCUACGGAUGA